GUUAACCUUAGAAAAGUAAACAAGGGGAACUAACCCCUGAAGUGGGGCCGGUGGAACAUUGACUUUUUAUGUCUAAGAUAUUACUGCGCCUUUAUCUCGGCAAAAAAUUCCUUCUUCAAAUUGCGGCUACUUCAAACCCACACAGUGGUAAGUUACAUUUAAUUACUAGUGUUUUAUGCGAUUGUUUUCUCGGGCUACGUUAAUUUCAGUAUUGUUAAUUUCAGUAUUUCUUUCAACGUAUGCAAAAAAAUUAAGGAGGAAAAUAAUUUACUUUGUUGGUGUUAAAAUUAAUGGGACAGGAUUUAAUAAAUUAAUUAUUAUGACAUUAUAACAUUAUGUUAAAUAAUGUUAAUUUUAGGGUAAAAUUAUAUUGAUUCGUUCGUACUGUUUUUAAUUAUUUAUCUCUGUUAUCUAAUUUUCCAUAUAUAUAUGCACCAAUUCUAAAUGACUAACCAGCUAACCCAAUACCGAACAGUUCAAAGUUUAAAAAAGUUAUCUCCACAUACUUUUCAUGGUACAGUAGAGAGAUACAGGGCGCCUUGGCUCUCCCAAUAGAUGUAUCACUAAAGUAGCUAUUCCGUAGAUGUUAUAUGUCAUUUACAAAGUAGAACAUUUCAUGGUACAGUAGAGAGAUACAGGGCGCCUUGGCUCUCCCAAUAGAUGUAUCACUAAAUUAGCUAUUCCGUAGAUGUUAGAUGUCAUUUACAAAGUACAACAUUUCAUGGUACAGUAGAGAGAUAUAGGACGCCUUGGCUCUCCCAAUAGAUGUAUCACUAAAGUAGCUAUUUCGUAGAUGUUAGAUGUCAUUUACAAAGUAGAACAUUUCAUGGUACAGUAGAGAGAUAUAGGACGCCUUGGCUCUCCCAAUAGAUGUAUCACCAAAGUAACUAUUCCGUAGAUGUUAGAUGUCAUUUACAAAGUAGAACAUUUCAUGGUACAGUAGAGAGAUAUAGGACGCCUUGGCUCUCCCAAUAGAUGUAUCACUAAAGUAGCUAUUUCGUAGAUGUUAGAUGUCAUUUACAAAGUAGAACAUUUCAUGGUACAGUAGAGAGAUAUAGGACGCCUUGGCUCUCCCAAUAGUUGUAUCACUAAAGUAGCUAUUUCGUAGAUGUUAGAUGUCAUUUACAAAGUAGAACAUUUCAUGGUACAGUAGAGAGAUAUAGGACGCCUUGGCUCUCCCAAUAGAUGUAUCACUAAAGUAGCUAUUUCGUAGAUGUUAGAUGUCAUUUACAAAGUAGAACAUUUCAUGGUACAGUAGAGAGAUAUAGGACGCCUUGGCUCUCCCAAUAGAUGUAUCACUAAAGUAGCUAUUUCGUAGAUGUUAGAUGUCAUUUACAAAGUAGAACAUUUCAUGGUACAGUAGAGAGAUAUAGGACGCCUUGGCUCUCCCAAUAGAUGUAUCACUAAAGUAGCUAUUUCGUAGAUGUUAGAUGUCAUUUACAAAGUAGAACAUUUCAUGGUACAGUAGAGAGAUAUAGGACGCCUUGGCUCUCCCAAUAGAUGUAUCACUAAAGUAGCUAUUUCGUAGAUGUUAGAUGUCAUUUACAAAGUAGAGCACGGCGUUUUAAAUAAAUAGUCUAACAUUUUUUUUAAUUUGAUGACAUAAUAUAUGAGAUGUGAUCAGCUGUUUACACCUGGUCAUGGGUCUUGGCAAGGUCCUAAGACGCGUCUCAACAACGCGUCUUUUGGAAACAUCUCAAAGACUUUCUAAAACAGGGUGUGUAUUAUUAAAACAGGGUGUGUAUUAUUAAAACAGGGUGUGUAUUAUUAAAACAGAGUGUGUAUUAUUAAAACAGGGUGUGUAUUAUUAAAGCAAGGUGUGUAUUAUUAAAACAGGGUGUGUAUUAUUAAAACAGGGUGUUUAUUAUUAAAACAGGGUGUGUAUUAUUAAACAGGGUGUUUUUUAUUAAAACAGGGUGUGUAUUAUUAAACAGGGUGUGUAUUAUUAAAACAGAGGUUUGUAUUAUUAAAACGGGGUGCGUGUUAUUAAAACAGGUAGUAUUAUUAAAACAGGAUGUGUAUUAUUAAACAGGGUAUGUAUUAUUAAAACAGGAUCUGUAUUAUUACAACAGGAUGUGUAUUAUUAAACAGGGUGUGUAUAAUAAAACAGUGUGCAUUAUUAAAACAGGGUGUGUAUUAUUUAAACAGUGCGUGUAAUAUAUAUUUUUUUUUUUAAAUUACUUGACAGUUACGACCUUUUGGGGGUGAGGGCGCGGGGCAGUGUUGACACUGAGGAAGAGGGACUGGAAGGGUUUUGAAUGACCGCUCAUAUGGCUUUUAACAUUUUCUGGACUCCUUACGCAAUUUAAUUUUUUUUUUCAAUUACAUAUGUUAUAUAUAUCCCUCUCUCUUUCUUUCUCGCUCUCAUGCAAAUCAAUCAUCCACCAUUGACAAAACAGUUCCGUCUUUAAAUCUUAAUUAAAAGAAAUAACAAACUCAGAGCUUCACUAAAUGUGAACUGGUAAGCAAAUAAAAUGUGACUGCAUUUAAUGCAGAUUUAACUUAAAAGAAACCGAAACUGACUCAAAUAUCAAUGAUGGUAAAUGUGUCCAGAUAAUGCCUGCCUUAAAAGAUUGACACAGCGGUCGAAAGAGUUGAAAUACUUAUAAAUGGAUGUCAAAUUUAGACCCAUUUCCGAACGAAACCUUCAGAUUUUUAAACGGGGAUCAACUCACAGGAGUAUUCAGCAUUGGAGGUUAUAGGUUAGAUUUCAGAGGUCUAAUCUAAUUUUAAUGAGUCAUGAGAUGUUCAAUUUUGAGGACGCCGACGAUUGCACGGCAUUAACAACAAACAUUAUCACCAUGGCAACAAAGUGAGGAACAUAUGAUGCUGGAAUGGAGGCCUUGUUUUACAGCAUUCUUCAGACCUUUUUUUUAAAAAAAGUUCUCCUUUCAAAAUUAGAACUGAAUUGUAAUGAGAACUUAUAUCCGCUUAUAGAUAAUGAGAGGUUAGAAUGUUUCAAAACUAUACCGCAGUGUAAAUGGAUGCCAUAUGUAUUCCAAUCAAGCAAUGGUAGAAAUGCACCUCUUACAUUUUUUAAUUUACAAAAAAAAAUUAUUUACACUAUUUUUGGGGAUCUGUUGAUAAAAAUUCAUUGUAUGAUAGUCUGAACGACAAUUUACUUAUAUAAUGAUUUCAUGAAUUGUUCCAAGGUAACUGAGAAAUGCAAAGAUGGCCCUUCCUGGAGGAGUUAGCGUUCCUGCUCUUGUAGCUGUGUGUACCAUCGGGGUUGGCGUUCUUCUGCACUUGAUUGGUUUAGCCUCACCGGAGUGGUCAGCUCUUCAUGUAAAUGGCCAAUCUGUGUCAUACGGCCUUUGGAAAGCAUGUCUGAGUGGCAUAGAGAUUUGUGGUGAUUACCCAUUUGAUACAUUGCGUAAGUAAGGCGUUUUUUGAGAAAACUGGAUUAGUUGUGUUUGGGGCAAUUUUAAAUGUUUUUGUUUUUAAAAGCGGAAGUGCUUAUUGAAAACUGUGAAAGAACUUUUUUUUUUUUAAUUGCAUCAAAUCAGACUUUGCCAUUGUAUGCUAGUAAUUAGUUUUUGUAGUGUUGCGUUUGUUUUAAAUGUGGUAAAUUAUAGAUUUGUAUUUUGUUGACUUUGUACCGCGCUUCGAGCCUUUGGGGAUGAAGCGUGUUUUUGAAAUGAACUUUAUUAUUAUUAUUAUUAAAAAAUUAGGGGAACCCACUUGGUGAUAGAUGUUACUUGUUUUUGUUAAAAAUUAGUUUCGGCCUUACGGCUCACUAUAUAUGUAUUAAAGAACUGUAAAACAAUAUAUCAAUAACUUUAAUAAUUAAUCAUUGAAUAUUGAUCCUUAUAUUUGUCGUAUAGCUGAUGAAUGGAAAAGUAGCCUCCGGGCCUGUGAAGCCUUCGCCAUUUUAGGAAUGUUGGCAAGUUUUCUGGGUCUAGCCAUGGCCGCGAUAUCUGUUCUUUUUCCUAUGAUGGGGAAACCCAAGAAUGCUAUGUUUCCUGUGAUUUCAUUGGCUGGUUGUAUGGCAGCAUGUGAGUUUAUUAUUUUAUUUUAAUAUUCACGUGAGUCCAUUUUGGUACCAUAAAACCAGAUAAAUUCUAUGUUCAUUGGAAUAAACAUAUUUUCGAUGGUGAAAUUUGUAACGUGGCCAAAAUGUGAAGCAUGUUCAAUGGCCUUUUCGCACGAGGUGACUUCGGCUGGAAAGGCCAUGUCACGAAAUUGGACAAAAGCUAUAAUCCUAGGGUCUAUGAUGUACCAAGAACUAGCAGACAAUAUAAGAUUUAGACGGUCACUCAAUAUACAUUAGUCAGGAAAACAUGAAAGCAAUCAACAUAAACAUAGAGCAAUGAGAGCACAUCGCUGAUGACCGUUCAAGCUGACCAGCUGUGGUUAUUACAGGUGUCAGAACAAACGUAAUGGUCAAAUGGGGUAGGGAUGAAUUCAAAAGGAAGGCCCAAGUAUACACAAUUUGAAUAUAUGUAUAUAAUAGCGAGAACCCGGCAUUCGUUGCAAUGCUACUUAAAGAAAAUAUAGUGUUUGUGUUUUAAUAACGCUUUUUAAGUAAUUUUUAAAUAGAAAAUUGUGUUUUUGUUUUUUACUUCUGGUGCGUAACACAAAUAAAUAAGAAGGUUUCUCGAAGCGUGAGCAGGCAACAUACAGCUGUGCACGUGAGAAACAUGUUUUUUUUAAAAUUUAGUCAACACAAUUGUAGCGAUUGAUCCAUCCAUUUAAUAGCUCUGUUUGAAAUUAUAUUUUUAUAGGUCACAUAAAAAAAAAAGGCCCCUUGCCCCAGACGCAAAAUUGUAAAAUGAUUGUACUAAUGCAAAAACCUACUUAUUAUGUCACACACAAACUGAAAUGUCGCUUGUAUUUGAUUCAAUUUCAUCCGCCCAAGCAACAACUCUGUUUGAAAUUAUAUUUCUACAGUUCAUAUAAGAAAAAGAUAAUUUAGAUAAAAUAGUUAAAAUAUAAAAAGGGCGAACAAGAGUUAACAUAGUAAGUACCAGAGGCGUAGCGAGGGGGGGGCAGGGAGGGACAGAUGUCCCCGGGCGCAAGCUAGUUAGGGGCGCCAAAAUGUGCUUUGAUAUUAUAUAAUUGGUAAAAAUAAUGGGUUUGAGAGUUGAAAAAAGAAAAGCGGGCGCUCUAAAAAUGGAUCUUGUCCCCGGGCGCCAAACACCCUCGCUACGCCUCUGGUAAGUACGCCAUACGAUGAGUAAGUAAGGAUAAAUGUAUUUUUUAAUUCUGCCGGAAAAAGACUUGAUUUAAUUUUCACACUACCUUGCUCCCCCCUGCUCUUCGCUCGCUACGCCUCUGGUACUUACUAUGUGAACUCUUGUUCGCCCUUUUUAUAUUUUAACUAUUUUAUCUAAAUUAUCUUUUUCUUAUAUGAACUGUAGAAAUAUAAUUUCAAACAGAGUUGUUGCUUGGGCGGAUGAAAUUGAAUCAAAUACAAGCCAGUCAAAAAAGGCACAACAUAUAUCUAUUUAUCCAAUCAGCUCUCUACCAUUCUAUGCAUCCAUCCAUUUCUAUAGCCAUCACUUCAUCAAGCCAUCAAUCAUCCAUCUACACCUAAAUUUGGCAAUUUAUCCACAUAUUUAUCUGUUGUAUAUAUCUUUUUUUACAUAUUUACAAACUCUGCAUUAAUUGCUUUCUUUAGAAAUAAUUAAAGUUUAAUUUUUUUUUUAUUUCAGUUAUUUGUAUCCUGAUAGCCAUCAUUGUUUGGGGCGCAAAAGUGCACGCAGACUAUCUGUCAAAACUGGACAUCGGCUAUUCUUUUAUCCUGAGUAUCAUUGGUGGUAUCAUGAUAGUUGUUGGCGGUUUGCUAGGUCUUAUUGGCAACGAAAGAGUUUAAUAUCAUUCAAUCCACCUUGAUAAAUACCUCUCUCUCUCUCUCUCUCUCUCUCUCUCUCAGAACAUUCACAAAUGUGUAAUCAGGCAUAUUCAGUGAUCUCUCUCUCUGAACAUGCAUACAGGUUCACGCAGACAUAUUUACCAAUAUGGGGGGUGGGGGAGGGAGGGGGCUGAGCAUAUAUUUUAAUAAACCGAAGCACUCCACCAACACAUGCGUGAAGAGAAAAUACAGAAAAUCCCAUUUUAAAAAUCUGAUAUUACAGUUUGCUCCCUUCAAGAGACACAGGCACAAAUGUAUGUGCUUUAAAAUCCAAAAAAUAGCAAAAAUAAACAAUCUAAUUUUUUAAAGCUUCAAAAUGUAGAGAGCAAAUGUUGCAUUAACCAUUAAAGGUUACAGGUACUAAAUAAAAUUAAGAUCAACCCUUUCUUCAAAUAUAAUUAUUAUUAUUAUUAUUAAAAUUAAAGUUCUAUUCAAUAAAUGAUUAAAAAUACAUCAAACAUAAAACAAGUAAACUUAAUGAUCUUUUAGUUUAAAUCACUGAAUAAAUUAUCACAAUUUAAUGUUGAAACUUGUAUCUUAUUUUAAUUGUAUUCAAUCCUUUGGUUUCUUUAUUUCAUUUGCUUUUAUUCAUUAAGUAUGGUUUGAUAUAUAUCUUAUCUAGAAUUAAAAUUGUAUUAUUGAUCUACUUUUGUAUUACUGUUUAGAUCGUGUAGAAACCCUAACUCCCCUAUUGUUUUAGUCUUUUAAAAAAUCACAAGUUAUCAGUGCAAAUUAUUAAAAUAAUUAGCAAUUAAUUUAAUGAUUUAGAAGGGAAGGCAACUGCGGUUAUACAAUCUUGUAUUAGGCACUUACAAAAUGACAAGGGCGGUAAGUAAAGGUCAUGUUAUGGUUAUAUCCCCAGCAUUUAGAAAUUCGCUCAACAGCAAAAUCUAUUCAAUAGUGUUACUCUUAUACAGUGGCGAAUUAGGGGGAGG